UGAUCCAGUGUAACAGAGCCCGUGAAAGGGCUGCGGCAACACAUCAGAAUGGUUCGCAAAAGGAAGACGUGGUCACUAAGCUCUGAUUCACACAUGUGAGAGAAAAGAACUAUAGCAUGGUUUUAUUAGACAACGAUGGGUUCCUCACCCAGCUCACAUUACUUCUCCAAAAGACGAGAUCGUCGGGUGCAGUGAAUAUCACAAUGAAAAGAUACUUUGGACAAACCAAACCAAAACCAAAACCACGUGGAGGCAAAAAGCUUCAAAAGUUGACAGCAGUUGAACAAGAAGGAGAGAGUAGAUGUUUAUUUAGAGCAACAAAUGGAAAAAGGAAGCUCAGUACAGUGGUAAAUUCAAAAGAUGUAAAUAGGUUUCAAAUGGCAUAUGCGAAUGUGUUGAAAGCUAAUAUGGACAAUCUAAAGAAAAGAGACAAGAGGACAGAAAAAAGCAAAGCUAAAAAGUCCAAGGCAACUCAGUAACUAGCUAAAGUUCUAAUUAAUAUUAUUAAUAUUUCCAAUAGUUAAAACAUUACACUAGUGGUUGAACCCUCAUGCUUUGAUUAACAAUUCCUCAGAGAAACUGCUGUACUAUACAUUGCUAUUUCAAUAACUGAAAUCUGAGGAAUUCCAUUUUAAUUUUUGUUAUUUGAGUCAAGUUGUUAUUUUAAGUUUGAAAUGUGGGUCAACUCUGCAUCUUCGAUGUUUCUUACAAGAUGAAUCCUUUAUCUAUAAGACUAAAUUACUUUGUAAGAAAGUUUCUGAUCUCAGUAUUCCAUGUAGUUGAGGAAUUGUACACAGAAUCCUUACACAUAGUAUAUUUUGUCCCUCAGGAAAUCUGAGGAAAUAAAUGAGGAAAUAACAAUUAAUUUAAUGAAUUUGGAGAAUGAGCAACUGUUAUUUUUGUCGUAUUGACUGGAGUGACAGUGAUAUCAACAACUUUUUCAUAAAGAACUGUCAAUGGUUUUUAUAAGCAGCUGUGCCGUUAAGUGAUACCCAAACACAAGGGCUUGCUUGCUAGACUGAUGGCAGUAAGAGGUCUUGCAGGCAGCAGACUGCCAGGAACUGGCUUUAAUUGAUACCUCUGAGUGACCCUAGGAAAAACUUUUUUUCAUCAUUACCAGAAUUUUUUCAUGAUGAUUUAGAAGCUGGAAUAAUUUUUGGAAGGGUUCUUCUUGGAUGGAUUUGGAUCAAGGAGCAUAGCAGGAAACCAUUGUGGACAGAGUUGCAAAUCCCCUUUUAGAUCUGAUAUUCAUCCUUCCUGUCACACUUUUCACCCUAUUCUGUCAUCCUGCUCUUUCAAAUUCAAGAUAUUGACAGCAAAUUCAUGUAGCAAGUGCCUGGUCAAUCCCACAGUUCAGAUGUGUGUAUAUUGUUGGUUUGUUUCUACUGUCUUGUUGGGGUACCCUGACACAGCUGCAGCCGUAUGUACAGCUAAAAUUAAGAGACUUGCUGUACUACUUUUGACCAAUGUAACAAUGACCACAAAAAUCAAACAGCUUUAUGCUGAUAGAUAAUCUCAGAACUUUUAUUCUCAUAUUUAUAUCCUGCUUCACAUGUCAACUUAAAGCUACAUGUAAUUAAUAAAAAAUUAACAUCUUCUA